AUGGCUUCAAACUCUCAACUCAUUGCCACAUUCCUCGUUGCCAAUUUGCUCAUAUUCACAUUGGUUUAUGGCCAACCCACACCAAGUCCCUCACUAGCUCCUCCACCUUCUUCUAUUCUCACCUACAGACCUAACAUUCUAUUACUCUCUUUGUGCAAUCUAAGAUUCAUAAUUUGGAUGCCUAACCCCUUAGUAAAUAUUCCCUAUUGUUGCGCAGUCAUCAAGGAACUUCCAAGCAACAAUACUGCCACAUGCCUUUGUCUUGCAGCUCAAGCAAACAUCCUUGGGAUCAAUAUUAGUAUCCCAGACGACAUUAAACUCUUGCUCGCUGUAUGUGGCUUGCUGGUGCCUAUUGGGUUUACUUGUCCAUAG